AUGACUGAGAAGGGCUGGAAGCAGACACCAUUGUCACAUUGUCGUUUACUAGUCGAGUCUGCGCAUCCCGUCAAACGUCUGCUGGGUCAGUCGAUUAUCACCGCCGUGUUGGAGCAGUUCCACAGAAAUCAUCCGUCGACAUUCCGAGUCGGGAUCACAGGACCACCCGGUGCUGGAAAGUCAACAUUUAUUGAGACAUUUGGGACGUUUCUGACGUCACAAGGACACAAAGUUGCAGUCCUGGCAGUUGAUCCGAGUUCUUGCACAACUGGUGGAUCUCUUCUUGGUGACCGAACGAGGAUGCCUCAAUUGUCACGUAAUCCUAAUGCUUAUAUCAGACCAUCUCCGUCGUCAGGAGCACAAGGUGGUGUAACAAGGAGUACUGGCGAGACCAUUCUACUUUGUGAAGCUACCGGUUACAACAUCAUUUUAGUGGAAACGGUAGGAGUGGGUCAAGCAGAACAUGCUGUUGCUGACAUGGUGGAUAUGUUUGUACUUUUGACCCCUCCAGGAGCAGGAGAUGAGCUCCAGGGCAUGAAAAGAGGUGUUGUCGAGUUGGCUGACAUGGUUAUUGUAACGAAAGCCGAUGGUGAGUUGAUGAAAGCAGCAAAUCAUAUGAAAGCAGAAUACCUCAGUGCACUGCGCUUUCUCAAACGACAAUCAAAGUUAUAUUACCCCAAGGUCCAUCUCAUUUCUUGCCAAGAAAACAAAGGAAUCAAUGAAAUAUGGGAAGAGAUGCAUGGCUUCAGACAGAUAAUGCAGGUAAUAGCCAGUCUGUUGUCAACACAAAUAACCACACAAGUGCUACUCUAACCAAUACCUGCAUACCUCUCAGUCCCCAUCUAUUUAUUUAUCUACUCACAUGUGUGUGUGUGUGUGUGUGUGUGUGUGUGUGUGUGUGUGUGUGUGUGUGUGUGUGUGUGUGUGUGUGUGUGUGUGUGUGUGUGUGUGUGUGUGUGUGUGUGUGUGUGUUUUAUAUUGUAGGAGUCGGGACACUUUGAAUCAAAACGACAUCAGCAACGGAAAGCCUGGAUGUGGAAUCACAUUCGACAUCAAAUACUGUC